AUGAAAAUUCUCUGUUUUAAAAGCCCCAUUUUUCUUCUUAUCUUCUUGUUUUAUCUCGAUGUAGUCCAUACGAGGCAUCAUACAGGUAAGCAGAGUUGAAUGAGGUCUUUCUAAUUGAAUGAUUGCGGGCUUGUUUUAAACAAUUAAUCAAAUUAAGCGAAGCAGCAGGGGACACUAGAAUGCACAGCUUGCUCCAAACAUGGCAAAAUAAUGAUAUACAAUAGACGUUUUUUGCAAAGCUCUUUUGAGGGAAAUAUUAAAUAGCACGGAGUUUGAAAAACAAGCAUACAAGCGAACAAAUAGAACAAAAGCAAGACACUUAAUUCACUCAAGUCUAUUUAGCGUUAAUGUUAAAGUUAUCAUCGGCAACUGCCCUCAUUUGAAAAAAAUAUUAAAAUGAUCACGGAGUCAGCACGACCUUGAAAAGCCAACAAAAAAGUCUUCAGCAGUAGUUAGCCUGUACAAAGAUAAUCACAACUUAUCCCACAUAAAGCCAAAGCCAAGCAUUUUUCUUUUGCGGUUGUGGUUGUUAUAAGAACUCAGGGUUACCUAAUAUAUUUGUCAGUUUUUUAUUCUUAACGCCAACUGAAAAUGUCUAGUUAGUUGUUCGGUUUUGUAUACGUAAAAGUAUUAUAAUUAUUUUUGGAACUAAUUUGUAUGAAAAGUUUUGAAAAUAAUUUACGAUGGGAAAUUCAAAUUUUCCAUCGGAAGAUAAAGUUUAUCAUACCUCCUCAUUUAUCACAUUUUACUUGAUAGUUCUUAAAACGCUUUUAAGUUUUCCAGUAUGUGUCUUUUCCUUUACUUUCCACAGCGAGCAGGAAGACAAAUUAUCACAGACGACCUGGCAUUGAAAAGGCAUCUCGUGCAAACCUUCUCUGGGGUCUUAUUUUAGCCAGGAACACGGCGUAUAGAAAGAAUUUUCUAACUAAACAUUCACAUGAAACAAAGCAACAGCAUCAAAAUCAUUCCUACAAACGUCAGCAACGACUUCAUCUCAACAAUGCAAAUCAAGAUGUGUAUUCUGUUCCACUGAAUGUUGGUAUGAUAGCAAAAAAUAUACCAUGGGUACUUGGUAUCCUGGCCUUGAGUGAAAGCAAGGUCGUAGGUGACCUUGUUUUGAGUGAAAACUCAAUUCUUUUCAAAUGUAAAUCAUGCUGUUAUGCAUUAGAAUGGUAUUCAGCCUCACUUCCUGUAGAAGGCUGAUUUGCUAAACGUACGUCCAACUGUCAAGAGACCUUACUCACGAUUCCGUCAUCUCAAGUGCAUGCGCGUUAGAGCAAACAACAAAAGAUAAAAUUUGUCAAUAUAAGUAAUUGCAGACAAGUUUGUUUAUACUCUGAAAUGGAGAUGACGAUUUCAAUUGUGCAAUAUGUACAGUUCUCAAACUCAUUAAUAAUUCAUAAAGAAAAUACAAAGAAAAUUAAUGUUUAAUGAGUGUUUGGAAAUCGGAUGAAAAACUGCUCAGUAUUUGCAUCCUUAAUUUCUCCUUCAAAAAUGAUUUUGUUUGAGAAGAAAUAUCAAACAUUCGACACAGUGUUUCAUCACCAGAUGAAACACCUCGAAGUUCGUCAAAAAUACUCCGCUGCGCGUCGUAUUUUCAACUCUCUUCUCGGUGUUUCAUCUGGUGAUGAAACACUGCGUCUCAUGUUUGAUAUAUUACUUCAAGUUUUGACAGGUUCUUCUUGUAAGUCGUCUUUGUUUGCUACUAUGUCAAAAAAGUAACAAUCAUCACUCACUUCCAUAAUUUGCAAUUAUCGUCUGUAAUAUUAAAAGUUAUUCAUUUUGUUUUGUCUAGAAUUAACAACCUCCGGACCGCGAUUUCUUCUAUUUGCAGAUUUUAUCACGUUCCCCCUUGAAAACCCACUUGACAUCGCUUUUAUUCUAUCAGAGCCUAAGCGCAUACAAAGAUGGUGGGUAUCGUGAAUAAGGUCUUUUGUCCUUUUAGUUACUGCGCAUAAUUCAGAUAGGGUCUUCCCCAGAAGCUUUAGUUUUAGUCAUGCACAGAAGAAAGGAUCCCGAAGAUUCAUCCGCUGUUAAUUAAAUGCGCAUGGUGUAAACAAGCAUCACGGAGCCAUUGUUCCUUUAUAAACAAAAUCAGAGAUCUUCCACGAGAUCACCUCCAAAUAUUAGAUGUACAGAAAAUGUGCAUUUACUAUCAAAGGCGGGUUUAAGUAACUAAUGCACUGAAAGCAAUUGAAUUACAAAGUCCACUUUCCUUAAAUCUUCUUCAGGUUUAUAUCUUGGUGCAAUUAUACUUUUCUUCUGCAUAUUGACAACACGGCUCCUGUAUUUGAUGAAUGUGCAACCCAGCCCAUUUCCAAAAAAAAAAUAUUUGGUUUGGUUUAGGUCUUUGCAGUGAUGAGGACUCGAUGUGUGUUUCGUAUGCGCUCAAUGGACUUUGCGACUGGCCGGGACUCUUGCAAAAUCUUGGCAACAUUCACGAGAAAUGCAAGUUGUCAUGUGGAUUGUGCAAAGAGUAAGGAUUGAAAUAAAUUAUAAUAAUUAUAAUUUUGUUUUAUUACUACUAUUAUUAUUAUUAUUAUUAUUAUUAUUAUUAACAAAACUUACUAUUCAAACUUAUUUACAAUUCAUUUCGAUUAAAAAUAUGUAUAUUUUCAAGCACGAGAACGAAGCACUUGUGCCUGUGCUACACCAGAUCAAAUUUCACACUUAUGUGUUGAGCUUAAACUCAUUGGAUUCAUUGGGCCUGCUUUCUUCGAGUUGUAAUGAGUGUUCACCAGAAGUAGACAGGAUGAAACUCUUGUUCCAGUUGAAAUCACAGUUUACUUUGCGUGCGUUGUAAACUUCUUCGCUUUGUUCAUUUUCUUCCUUAUUUUCUUCUUCUUCCCAUAGAAACAUUCCCGACGGAGAGGUGGAUUUGGUUGGAGCUGGCUGGAAUGAACCUUAAUUUAAACUCCGAGACGAAGUGUUAAGAAGUCUACCGCUUAGGAGUUCUUUUUAUCAUCUGCUUUAUGGAGG